CAGGCAGAUGGCAGCACGGUCGAUCCUGGACACGCUGCGGGUCGUGCAGAUGGCCGACUCGCACGACGAGUACACUGAGGUCAUCGACAUCUUCUACAGACUCUCCUACGACCCAGAGGCGACCGUGCGCGUUGAGCUGAUGGACUCGCUGCCACACAUCGCGCUGCUCUGCCACGAGUCAUGGGGCAUGCCCAAGUGCAUCCUACCUGUCGUCGUCACCUACCUUCACGACUCCAACAACCAGGUAAGCUGUCGUUGUUACCUACCUACACGACUCCAACAACCAG